UGCCAACAACAAUCCCAAUGAUAAUAACAACAAUAUGGACAAUACAAGUGAAGAUUCAAAUCCCGUAACAAUUUACAGGUGUCGAGCCCCAAUAGCAUCACUCGAUUGCAUGGAGGAGUUCAGUGGUACGGGCGGUCAUCUUGAUUUCGGCCGUUCUCUGAGUUUGGGUUCAAAUCCAGCUCUACCGCUACGGCCGGGCUCAACACCAACGCCCGGCUUGCGUUACAAGAAUUUGGGUAAGAGCGGUUUGCGCGUCAGCAAUGUAGGCUUAGGUACAUGGCCGGUCUUUUCACCGGGUGUCAGCGAUGAACAGGCCGAAGCCAUACUUAAGCUGGCCAUUGAGAGCGGUAUCAAUUUGUUCGAUAUAUCGGAGGCGCAUUCAGAAACGGAAAUUGGUAAAAUCUUACAAAGGACGGGUUGGAAGAGAACCGCCUAUGUUAUAACUACGAAAGUCUAUUGGAGUACCAAAUCUGAGGAACGUGGCCUUUCACGAAAGCAUAUUAUAGAAUCCGUAAAAGCAAGCUUACAACGUUUGCAAUUGCAAUAUAUUGAUAUUGUGAUCAUACAUAAAGCGGAUGCUAUGUGUCCAAUGGAAGAAGUUGUACGUGCCAUGAACUAUGUCAUCCAACAGGGCUGGGCCAUGUACUGGGGCACAGCCCGCUGGUCUCAGGUGGAAAUAAUGGAGGCCUACACCAACUGCCGUCAGUUUAAUUGUAUAACACCGAUUGUCGAACAAUCCGAAUACCAUAUGUUCUGCCGCGAGAAAUGCGAAUUGUAUUUACCGGAAAUGUAUAAUAAAAUCGGUGUUGGCCUCAUGGCCUGGGGUCCACUAUCGAUGGCCUUAAGUGAUGCACAAAAUGGUGAAAAAAUCUUUUUACCAAAAGGCUCAUUUAAAACGAAAAGUCAUAGUUAUUCAUGGACUGAAGAUGAAGUCAAUCGGAAUGCUGCCUUAUCACCUCAGGGUAGUUGGAAUAAGGAACGCAUGGAAGAAGGUCGCCGCCAUUGUGAUCGUUUGAAAGAUUUAGCCGCAUUGGCCGAAAAGCUGGGAUGUACACCAUCUCAAUUGUCCAUUGCCUGGUCGCUAAAACAUGAACCUGUACAGUGUUUACUUUUAGGUGCCACUUCUGCUGAACAAUUGCAUCAAAGUUUGCAAUCAUUACAGUUACUGCCACGCUUGUCGACCAGUGUUAUGCUCGAAUUGGAACGAAUAUUAGAGAAUAAACCGGUGCGACCGCCGAUGAUAUCAACGCUGGCACUUCGGUGACAAUCAGCCUGCCCUCAGGGGCCCCCAAGCCUUAGUGGCGGUGUCGCCGGCGGCAGCAGCGGCAUGGGACCCUGUGGGCAAGAAUCACCCAAAAAUGAUGAGGUCUCGGCGUUUUGCGGUGAAGACGGCGAUGCAAAGGAUGCCUCUAAGCAGGGCUUUUGCGUUAUUCAGUGACGAAAGGAGUCUUUAGAUAUUGAUAAUAAAUUUAUUAAAGCAAUUAGUAGUAAAACUAGUUUAAGUAGUACAACAAUGACAACAACAAUAAGUAAACAUGAUUUACAAUUACAACAACAACAGCAGCAGCAACAACAACAGCAAUUACAACAACAGCAGUAUCAGCAGCAACAACGUUUUUCUCAAAAUAUGUCAUAUAGUUUGGAUAAUAAUAAAACAACAACAA